UCUCGCUCUCUUUCUCUCUCUGUGCGCGCGCGUGUGCCUGCGUGCGUGCGUGCGUGCGCUUUUAAAGAGGAAAACUUUACGGUUGUUCAUGUUUAGCUUCACUUGCGCACUUUCCGUCCCGGCUCUGCUUUGCUUUCAGCUUUUCUAUCACUUGCUCUGUUUUUGCCUCUUCCUACUUCUGCCCGGAUGCAUGAAGAAGAUGCGCAUCCACGUCACUGAGCGUUUGUUUCCAUUUUCCUAAAUUCCACCCCUGAGUCAAGUUAAGCGUGUUUAUGAGUGUUUUGCGUGUGGAUGUGAGCUGUGCUCUUUGAGAAACGAUGAACGUCGCACUUUGCUCUAUCCCCGGCGGCGUCGCGUCGCUGAAGAUUGUUUUGCUGUGCUUCUCGUUACCGCGCGUGGCCGAUGCUCUUCCGGACUCCGCGAGUCUCUCGCCACCUGUCAAUGGGUCGGGUUUCGCACCUGUACGGAAGACCGGCGGCUUCGUGCGCGCCAUCGACCGGCUCUAUCACGGAGGCGGGAGAGUGGGCUACCUCUUGUAUUUGGACGAUCAGCGGUUUCAGCUUGACCUGGAGCGGGACGAGUCGGUGCUGUCGCCUCACCUUGGUUCUCCGUACAGUGCGACCCUACGUGUCGCGGGAUUCCUGCGCCGCGGCUGCUUGUAUCGGGGAACAGUCGACUCCAAUCCGGAAUCGUUAGCGGUUUUCAACAUGUGCAAGGGAGGACUAAGUGGAUUUUUCGCCGUGAACCAUGACCGCUACAAAAUCAGAUCCAUCGCGCACGGCAGAGAGCGUGAGAACGACACAGAGCGCACGCUGCACUAUUACACCUGGGAGAGCUUUGGCUUCGAGGCCGUGACGGAACACAAAAGCUGCGGAACGCGUGAAAAGAGAAGGCGCGAUGGUAGUGAGCGGACGCGCCGAAGGACAGGUAAAGCGAUGGGGGACUUAAAGCGCGACGAUUACGAUGCGCGCGACAGGAGGUUCUGGGUGAAUUUCGCGCAAUCACAAAAUGCAAAGAUGCGUAGCAAAAGAUCGGUGUCGCGCGCGCGGCACGUGGAGCUGUUACUGGUGGCAGACGCGUCCAUGGCUAAGAAGUAUGGCAACGAUUUACAACACUACCUGCUGACAUUGGCGUCUAUCGCGUCGCGGUUGUACGGCCACGCCAGUAUCGAGAACCCUGUCCGUCUCUCUGUAGUGAAGGUCACGGUGUUGACGGAGAACGAGAAAGGCCUCGAUGUGACCAAGAACGCUGCCGCAACGCUCAAGAACUUCUGCAAGUGGCAGAACCAGCAGAACCCACUGGACGAUGACCAUCAGCAUCAUCACGACGCGGCCAUUCUCUUCACCAGGCAGGACCUGUGCGGACAUCACUCAUGUGAUACACUGGGCAUGGCUGAUGUGGGCACGGUGUGUUCUCCAGAGAGGAGCUGCGCUGUGAUAGAAGAUGAUGGCCUGCACGCUGCCUUCACUGUCGCACAUGAAAUUGGGCACCUUCUAGGCUUGUCUCAUGAUGACUCGAAGUUCUGUGAGGAGAGGUUUGGCUCCACAGAGGACAAGAGACUCAUGUCUUCAAUCCUGACCUCCAUCGACGCUUCCAAACCCUGGAGCCGCUGCACCUCGGCCACCAUCACUGACUUCUUUGAUGAUGGAAAUGCGGAGUGUUUGCUGGACAUGCCACAUAAUCCUUUGCUUGGUCCUGAGGAACUUCCUGGUCAGAGCUAUGAUGCAGUGCGGCAGUGCCAGCUAGCCUUCGGGUCCGAGUAUUCUGUGUGCCCAGGCAUGGAUGUGUGUGCUCGUCUGUGGUGCGCUGUAAUCAGGAAGGGCCAGAUGGUGUGUCUGACCAAGAAGCUGCCAGCGGCAGAGGGCACACAGUGUGGCAAGGGCAGGAUAUGCCUGCAUGGGAAGUGUGUGGACAAGACACGCAAGAGGCACUAUUCGGCCUCUAACCACGGUAGCUGGAGCUCUUGGGGGCCGUGGGGUGCAUGCUCUCGAACAUGCGGAGGCGGAGUGCAGUUCACACAGCGUCUGUGCAACAACCCUCCUCCUCGCAACAAUGGACGCUACUGCACAGGAAAGAGAGCCAUCUACAGGUCCUGUAACAUCACUCCAUGCCCCAUGCGAAAUAAGAAUUUCAGGCAGGAACAGUGUGAGGCGAGGAAUGGGCCUCAGACAGACCCUAAAGGAGUGAAGACCUUUGUCGAGUGGGUGCCCAAGUAUGCUGGUGUGCUGCCAAAGGACAUGUGCAAGUUAACCUGUAGGGCCAAAGGCACGGGAUACUAUGUAGUCUUCUCACAAAGGGUGAUAGAUGGGACGGAGUGUAGGCCCUACAGCAGCUCAGUUUGUGUGAAAGGGAAGUGUGUGCGCACUGGCUGCGAUGGAAUAAUAGGCUCCAAGCUGCAUUAUGACAAAUGUGGCAUCUGCGGUGGUGACGGCACAGGCUGCGUAAGAGUGGCUGGCAACUUCACCAAGAAGAGUAAGGGAUAUACUGAUGUUGUGAAGAUCCCAGACGGCUCAACUCACAUCAAGGUCCGUCAGUACAAGCCAAAAGGUCAGGCUCACUUUGCUGCUUACCUAGCCCUGCGUCGGCCCAGUGGAGAGUACCUUCUCAAUGGCAAGUUCAUGAUCUCCACCUCUGAGACACUAAUCCUACUGAAUGGCACCAUGCUUAACUAUAGUGGCUGGAACCAGCAUGAUGAGGCUCUUCACACCACAGGGCCUGGCGCUCUCCGAGAGAGCCUUGUAGUGCAGGUACUAGCAACUGACCCAAAGAAGCCUCUAGAUAUACGUUAUAGCUUCUUUGUGCCUCGCAAAACGCCACUUCCACCUCGGACAACCUUGGUGUUUUCUGCCACACCUGCAGCAUUGUCUUCUGACGAGGUCUUAACCAUGACUACGAAGGUUGUGCCCACAACAGAACCUCCAUCAACCCCACCUGGGCCACGGUGGGUGACAGGCUCAUGGAUGACCUGUUCCAGGACAUGUGACACGGGCUGGCAAAGUCGUACAGUCCAGUGCAAGGACCCGCAGGGAAAGCUAGCUAAGGGAUGUCCUCUAGGGGACAGACCUCCAGCCUUUAAACACUGUCUGGUUAAAAAGUGCUGAGAAAAUCUGAUGGAAAUGUAAUUGCGAAAACUUGUGCACACGUAUGCAUGCUUCUUCUUACGGGUCUGAGGUGAAAGGUCUCAAGAAGAGACAGACAGACAAACUGGAGCACAUAGUGUCUUAUAGAGCAGAACAGUUUGAAGUUCGAAUGCCUAUUCAUGCCUGAACUUCGUCACUGUGGAACUGAAUUUUUCUAGCAUUAUGACCGUGGACAACGAGUGCCUGCCCUGGCCUCUAAUGCAGUCACUUCAUCGGCUGCCUGGAAUCUACAAUCAACAGUGUGUAGCCACUCAUCUCAUGCCAACCACAAUCCGUUUCUCCAGCCAUCCCUCUAUGGGGUAGAGUGCAUUUCAGCUCAUUAACUACAACAAAUUUAAACUGCAACCCAGAGAAGUCAGUAGAAAUUAAUCCUCAGUUCAUCAUAAAAACUACAAGUGAAUGGAGUCUGAACUAUUUAUGCAUGAUUGGACUGUACUAAAGAUUACUCUGGCUUUGGACUAACUGGAAACUUUUGGAAACAUGCCCAAAAGUUUCUGGAUGUAAACCAUUUUCCAGUACAUUCUCACUUGCUUAAUGUACGUACCACCAUAUUUGAAAAACUAUAAGAGCACUCUAUCACAUUUAUGACAGAGUGAGCUCAUCUAGGUCUUUAUUGCUAAUCCAUUGGUUAACGGCGGUCAAUGUUUUUUUUAAAUGUGCCCGGGAUUCCUGCUGAGAAAGGAAUGGACUGGGAAAAAAACGUAUACUUUUCUUGAACGUGUGUUAAUUUAACACAUUUUUCAUUAGAACAUACAUAAACAUUUACAGCAAUAAUGGUGGACGUGUAUGAUGUUAAAAAGCAUGCAUUCAUACUAAACAGGCAAAACCAUUUCUUACGUCAUUUCUUAGACAUUGUGUUAACUAAACACGUACAACACAAAAAAAAAACACUCUUAAAAAUUAUCCUGACGAAUAGGAAAUAACGCUUAAUAUAAAAAUGUAAAUUCAGCAUAAAAAUGAAGUUUGCUACAUUUAUUUCAAAUAUUCAGCUCAACCAACUUGAAAAUCCUCUUAUUUUUUUAUCUGGACACAUUUUUGAAUGCACAAUUUUGCAUUCAGUCAGCUAUAGGCAAAUUAAUAGUUGAGUCAGCUAAAUACACACAGGUGACAACAAAUUAAGGUGUUGGGCCAUAACAAACUGCCUGAACAAUUUCAAUGUGCCUUGAUCAUGGCAUUGAUUCCAAAAAUGAACAGUUUUUCCAAAUGUUAUUCCCUCAAUUAGUGUUUUAAUGAUAAUGGUGGAGAGUGCGCUCUAACACACUGGUCCAAACUCUCCUAUGGGUGUGCAGUCGGGUUAAGUUGUAGUGGCUGUGAAGGCCAUAGCAUAUGAUCUCUAUCGUUUUCCUACUCAACAAACCAUUCCAUGGGCCCUCAUCUCCUGUGGAUGAGGGGAACGUGCCCUGGGAAGAGACUACUCUCAAUAGGAUAGAAAUGUUUAAUCAAAGGAUAAAGGUCAAUAAGUAGAACUUUGUAUUGAUUUGGAGCUGAAUAACAGAGCCACCAUUUUCCGUUACUUUGUCACCCCUCUGUAUUUAGGCAACCCACUGGAAAAAAAGAGAGAGAACAAAAUCAUUCUUACGACAAUAUAUGUUUAUUAGGUGUUCAUGAAAAUAAUCAUGGAGACAAAUGUAUUAAUGUAUUCAUUGAUUGAUAUUAACAAUAGCAUUCUAUUCUCUUAAUAUUGAGUGAUACAAAUACACACAGUUUUAUACCAAAUAUUAGGCAGUUAUCUUUAAACAUACUUGACAAGUCAUAGUCUUCAACUUGGUGCAACUAGCUAACCAAUUUUAAGCAUACAAAGUUAACAUAUUACCAAUUCAACAAGAGUAGACAAUACUUUAAACUAAGCUAACAAUUUGCUUGGUCAUUUUUAAGUGAAACUGAAGUGUUAGCAACAGUUUUUACGUUUGCGUUGUAAUUCGGGAGAAUUUCAUCCUGAUUUUGUAUUCCUUUAGCCUUGAAUAUUAAUCUUAAAAAUUUCAAAGGUUGAACAAAAGCAUAUUGUUAAUGUAUAACCUAAUUGAGUUUGUCUGACAAUAGCACAGUUAAGUUGGGACUACUUAAAAAGAUCGCUGCAAAUUGUUAGCGUGUAAAAUAUACUUCCCAUUUGUUUUAUGUUUUCAAAUGUUAAGAAUAUUUCAAAUAUUAAGAAUACAAAGUGGAAUUGUUUCAAAAUUGUUUAAAAUUCAUGUCAUGCCAGACACUUGUCCACUCAAGCUGAAAGUUCAAUUGACUUCAAACUUUGAGGCCCUGAGAUUUUAGCUGUUUUUAAUAUAUGCAGUACUGUCUGAUCAUUGCCAUGGGAAAAUGCCUUUGCUGAAAGACAAAAACACAGCACUGAAAUCAUAAUUUAUUAUGUGUGUAACUGGUAUGUACAAAAAACUUGCUGAAUUUAUUUAUUGUUGUUUUUUUGUAUUUGAUAAGGAAUAUGAAUAUAUGACUAAGCAGAGUAUUUCCUUUUUAAGGAUGUUUUUGUUGUUUUUCAAGUCAUCUUCAGAAUAUGUAUAUAAAAUCUCUAUAUUUAA